AACACAGCCACGACUCAAUUCUUCGCGCCAUGGAUAACUUCUUCUUCUUCCCUUCCAUUUUCACUCACCACUUUCCCGAGAAAAUUCCCCCAAGAAAAUUAAACAAAAAAAAAUCCCUAAAAACAAAAUUUGAUCCCAAAUCAAAUCAAAUCCACACACACAAACACCAUAAACACCAUAUCAAUGGAUCAUUACAAGGUUUUAGGUUUACACAAAACAGCUUCAAAAGAAGAAAUCAAAGCAGCAUUCAAAAAAUUAGCGUUUCAAUUUCAUCCAGAUAAGCAUUCUCAAUCACCGAAAUCCGUUAAAGAUAACGCUACACUUCAAUUCAAGCAGGUUUCUGAAGCAUACGAAGUUCUCAUGGAUGAUCGUAAACGCGCCGAUUACAAUUACCGGUGGCGGUCCGGUGCCGGAAGACAAAGUGCCGGCGGUAACAGUGGUAACUAUUAUUACUCUCAAUAUAGUUAUGGACAUGGUAGAAGUGGGAGUGGUUAUGAGUAUAAAACUAGGUCUAAUGGUGGUGGUUUUGCGUCGAAGUUUGAAGUUGUUAUUCGGAUUUUGACGGCGAAAUCUUCACUUCUUAAUCUUGGAUUCGCAGCAGCUAUAUUAGGUGUGAUGAUUGUUGUUGAUACAAGUGGAGAAUCCUUAUGGAAGAUGCAAAAUUCUGGGAAAUCUUUUGAAGAAGCCAUGAACACCAUUGAGAAAACAAAAUCGUAUAAAGAAGAUAACACGAAUGAACGUCCUUGAUUCAAUUCUCUGCUCUCCGCUUCACUUGCCACUCGAAUGCUUCUUCACAUUUAAUAAAUGGUGAUUGAUGGAAGCUUUCAGUUUUGGGAUUGAUCGCAAGGAUAAAGUAUUCAUAAGUGCGAUUUACAAUGUUAGUAUGUAUUCAGUGUACUGGACAUUGGAUCUCUGCAGUCAUGCGGACACAGAUUUGGGUGGUUUGAUUAAAGAUCGGAUGACUGAUAUUAUGAAGAUCUUCAAUGUACAGUGAUAUUUUUAAUCAGUCAAAUUACACUUAAAUUAGCGGGUAGUAAUAAAGUGAUUUUUUUUUUCCUUCAAUUCAUUAACUUUUUAUACUUUUCAUACAUUAUAAUAAAAUACUUUUUUUUUGGGAUUAAAUAAAAUACUUAUUUUAAUAGUAAAAAGAAUACAUUCUAUUUUUAUUUGAGGGUAUAUUUGUCAUUUUUAAUUUACAUACCUUUCUUUCCUCUUACUUUUUUUCACUUUCUCUUAUAACAAACAACUAAAAAUGCAUCUCACUUUCCAUUUACUUUCUACUCACAGUUUCAUUCCUUCAACAUUCUUUCUUUUUACUUUUUUUCCUUUCACUUUCUUUUCUCAUCCAAACAAAGCAGCAAUAUUAUACUAACAUCAAAAUUGGACAACUAGACUGUAUAUCAAUAUGGUUGGGUCCAAUGUAGAAUGUUAUGUCAAAAAAAAGAAA